AUGUGUGUGGAGAGGGAGGAGCUGCAAAUGUUGUGCGUCUCGGUUCUACUCAGCUUGCACUCUUCUCGAUUUGCCGCUUUCCCGGAUCGUCACAUGUUUCAAGACGGUCAGACGGCGCUCAAGUUCAGCCUGAACAUUGGCGACCGUGUGAACAUCAUCUGUCCGUUUUAUAACUCCUCCGACAGCAGCGGCGUCAACUCUGAUCGUUCGAUGGCAUCGGUCGAGUACUCGGAGAUCUAUCGUGUAAGUUACAACAUUCGGAUAUCGAUCACGUUUUUGUGUGGCCAUCUACCACGUCGGUAGUC